GAUGGAGGCUGUCAGGGAUCCUCUCUGCCUCAGGUCGAUCACAAACACCUGAACAGGUAGGCGCUUCGUCAGGACGAGACUCUGAGGCUUCAACACACAGGUAAAAGCUCUUUUCUCUUUUACCUUAGAGAUUCUUUACAGGUGGAAAAAUAUUCUACCAACUUCUGUGACAUCAUCAUACAUGUCCUGUGUCUCACCUUUGUCCAAUGAAAACCAGGUAUGGUCAAACCUCUGUGACACAGCAGGUUUCAACCCUCCGGGUUUUCACUCCGGGAUUCUGUGACGUGAAGUUUCCACUGAGACUCCAUGUUUUUCAGUCUGCGUCAUUCUGUCUGACACACCUGGUAUUUUCAGACUUCAGCAGAGUUUAAAUAAAGUUGUGUGGGUUUGAAUGAAUGAGCGGUUUGAGGAACAGUGUUCGGUUGCAGAUUCAGUACUUUGGUGUAUGUUCCCUUUAAAAACGACCACAAACAGACGGAUGUUCGUCCUGAUGAUUCUGUCAGAGGCUCGAUCACCAACCAGGGGAAGCAGGCGUAACCACGUCCUCACUGUCCUCACUGUCCACACUGUCCACACUGUCCUCACUGUCCACACUGUCCUCACUGUCCACACUGUGUGAUUCAUCACAGCUUUAACAGAAAUUCACUGCACUGAAGUAAAACCUCAGCUCCGCCGGGUCCUCUGUCUUCUGUCUUCUGUCCUCUGCCCUCUGUCCUCCGUCCUCCGUCCUCCGUCCUGUGGUUUGUGUUCGAUUUGUUGCUUGCUUGUUGUAAAGUUGUGUUUUACUAACAGGUGUGUUCCAGCACAAACUGUGAGGCUGCUGUUAUUUCCCUGAUCAAUACGUCUGACAGCUGUUUGCUUUAUCGACUGAUCGAUCUGUGAAGGCGUGAAAUGCUGAACCUGAGGGCAGGUGUUGCUGUUGUGUCACUGUGGUGAUGAUUCUCGUUAUUUUCUCGACCAGUAUCUGAUAGUUGUGUCUCUAACAUGUCGCUGAGCUGAGAUCAGCUGACAUUAACAAUCACUUCCAAACAUGGUGCAGCGUCAGGCAGGAGCAGGCCUCCGUGACAGUGCUGUGCACUUUCUGGUCAUCAGUGUUUGUCUAGUGACAGUUCCACAGACGUCACGUGAACACGCGUGUCACCUGAAACUGUCGGGAUGUCACCUCGGAGCUGCUGCCAUGUGAGCACAGUUUGUCUGAAUGUAUCUGCCCAGUUUAACCAGUUUGACCUGUGGCUGCAUGACAGCAGCUGCUUUGUGUUUAAAUGAAUGUUUGAGGCUGAGACCCAGGUGAGUCCAGUGUCCUGUGUGACUGUCCACCUGCGACAGGUGAUGGUGUCAGGAUGUCGGAAGGGAGGCAGCGAACUUUGUCCACCUCUGGAGAGUCUCUGUAUCAGAUCCUGGGUCUGGAGAAAGGCUGCAGCCAUGACGACAUUAAGAAGUCCUACAGGAAACUGGCGUUACGGUACCAUCCUGACAAGAACCCAGAGAACCCGGAGGCAGCAGAGAAGUUUAAGGAGCUGAACAGCGCUCACGCCGUUCUGUCCGACCUCACCAAGAGGAACAUCUACGAUUCGUACGGGUCUCUGGGACUAUACGUGGCUCAGCAGUUCGGAGAGGACAACGUCAACACUUACUUCAUGCUGUCCACCUGGUGGGCCAAGGGUCUGUUCCUGGUGUGUGGCGUCCUGACCGGGUGUUACUGCUGCUGCUGCCUCUGCUGCUGCUGCAACUGCUGCUGCGGGAAACUCAAGCCGACACCCACAGGCGAGGGGGCGGGGCCAGACUACGUCUCCCCCGAUGACCUGGAGGAAGAGAUACGCAACAAUCCCGACAAUGAUGCUGAAACUCCGAUCGUUCACCAGCCGACUAACGCCAGCGAGAAAACUCAGCUGAUCACCGACGGACACCGCAGAUAUGGGGACACAUACACAUGAAGCUGACAGGAAACAGGAAACAGGAAGCAGGGAUUCUUCAGUCAUCCACCUGAAACCCUCGUUUAACUUAGAGACAACAUUUUUCAGACCUGAUCCUAACGGCCACUGCAGGAGGUUCAGGUUGAUUCAGUCCAGAGAAACAAACAGUUCUGCACAUCAGCAGUGAAUCUGAGUCUUCUUGAAGCAACAGUCUGACAUGCUAAGGGUUGAAGGCAGUUAAUAAUCAUUUGUACAUGUAACAUCCCAAAACUCUUUUUAAAUAAAAAUCUUCUGCACACAAGAUGAAGAAAAUGUUCUGAGGCUCCACAGAUUCCUGAAAUGCCAGACUGUUCCUUUAACACAGAUGUAAAGUGCAGUGCAGUAACGAGAAUUUCAGUUGUUGUAUUUUGUUAAACUAACGCUCUGAUUGGUUGCAGUAGGAUAUAAACAGAAUUUGUGGUUGUGUGUGUGUGUGUCGCUGUAAAUAGUUUCAGUUUGCAGUUCGUUUCAUUUUGUUCAUAUUAGUUUUAUUUCUGAGUGAAAUCGAGUGUGAACUGAAGUCUGGAAAAUAAAACCUGCUUUGUGAGGCUGAGACAACACCUGUAAUCAUGUGAUGAGACGAUGUCACCUGGAGGACUCUGUGUUCAGUAUUAACCCCGUCCACAGUUUGACCAGCAGGAGGAGCUGCAGCCUCCUCAGCCCUUCUAACACUGUGAACU